CAAACCCAAAUAAUUACCAGCCUUAGGUUCAAUAACAAUAACUCUAACUCAACUCUCUAAUUUGGCAACUUCAACUCAUCAUGGGCUCAAUUAAAAUACAAGAUGGGCUGCCGGAUAUUGUCGCAGCCAGGUUCCAAGAGGCUAAGGAGUCGGGCGACCUUCUCGCCUUCGACAGUACAGCGGCAGUGUUGGAUGUGAAUGGCAUUCCUUUCCAACUCCGAUACUGCCCAACCCUAAAAUCCAAACCCAAACCCAACGGCCCCAGCUCCUCAUCCUCAACCCCGUUCAACCCCUUCCUCAACCCCCCUCCCGCCCUCUUCAUCACCCCCAUCGGCCCCUCCCACCACCUCGUCCUCAACAAAUUCGCCCUAACCCCCAACCACACCAUCCUCGCCACCAAGACCUUCUUAUCCCAAACCGAUCCCCUCGCCGCCGACGAUCUAGAAGCCGUCUAUGCCCUCCUCUCCGCCUAUCGGUCUGCAGGACAGCGACUUUUCGGAUUCUUCAAUAGCGGGCCGCAUUCGGGAGCUAGCCAGCCGCAUCGACAUGUUCAGUUUUUGCCGGUGGAAUCGAUGAGGGAGGGGUUGGGGGAGGGGGAGUGGGAUCUGCUUGCUGAUGGACUGGCGGAGAAGCAGGCGAAGAUCCCGUUUACGUAUUUUGCUGCGCCGAUAAAGGGGAAUCCCUCGCCGGCGAAGUUGCACGAGACGUAUUUGGCGCUUCAUAAGAUGGCGAGGUAUGCGAUGGAUACUUUUGAGAAGAGGGCAGGGACGGAUGGAGGAGGGGAGGAGAUGAGCUAUAACCUCGCCUUCACGGAUUCGUCGAUGAUAAUCCUGCCGCGGAGGGCGGAGGGGAUGGCAUUCCCUACUGGGCUAGAGGAUCCUAAGGAGACGGGGGUGGUGGCGUUGAAUGGCACGGUUCUGGGGGGCACGCUGCUGGUUAAGGAUGAGUUAGAAUGGAAGGCGCUGAGGGAGGAUGGGAGGAAGUUGAAGGAGGUGUUGGAGAGGAUAGGGAUUCCGUUUUCGGCGUUUGCGGGGGAGAUUUUGGGGUGGAAGGGUGCGCCGAGUGGUGCGUUAUAGGAUUUGUUAAUUAAUGGGCCCAUCUCUGGAAUUCCAGGAUUUGCGCAUAUUCGUCAAGAAGAAAUUGAUUUUGCGCAGAUAUGGCACAAUCGCCUGGGGCGAUUCGGAAGGUUUUGUGCGCAUAUUCAUCAACAGGGAAUGGAUUUUGCUCAAAAUCAAGGAGAAUCACCUCAGGUGAUUCGAGAGGUUUUGCGCAUACCCGUCUAUAAUAUGUUUGAUUUUGCGCAGAAACUUAAAAUGGACAGGGUCUAUACUGUUGCGUUGUGUGCAUAUUGUCUAGAAAUACAGUAG